AUGGCUGUCCCCUACUGGUGCACACUCAAAGACUGUCCUCUGGACUGGGGAUAUGUUCACUACCAACCCUCUGUUCCCGGAAACGCAUUCAUGUUAGCCGCCUUCGGCGUCCUGACUGUUCCUGCCCUCUACUUGGGAAUUACUCACAAAGUCAAGCUCUUCACUGGAUGCUUUAUGGUAGGAUUGCUGGGAGAGGUUGUCGGCUACAUUGGUCGAAUACUUCUCCACAAUGAUCCGUUCUCCAAAGUCUACUUCCUGAUGUAUCUCGUUUGCACGACGAUCGCACCUACAUUUACUGCAGCCGCCGUCUAUUUGACACUCGCUCGCAUUGUGGUUGUCUAUGGCGAGGACAUUAGUCGCAUCCGUCCACGAACAUACACCCUUUUCUUCAGCGGAUUGGACCUCAUUGCGCUAGUUGUUCAAGCAGUUGGCGGGGGAAUGGCGGCAGUGGUGGUUUUACAAUGGAAGAUUGACCGAGGAACCGAUAUCAUGGUCGCUGGUCUGGCAGUCCAAGUGUUCAGCCUGGUUACAUUCAUUGCCCUUUGUCUCGAAUAUGCUAUGCGAGUGCGAAAACAUCGCGACCGUCUGAAUCUCACACAUGCUACUCUCUACAACUCAGCCCGCUUCAAAGGGUUUCUUGGUGCUUUGGCAGUAGCCACAGUGUUUCUGUUUAUUCGAGCUGUUUUCCGAGUGGCCGAGUUAUCCGGUGGCUUCAGAGGAAAGCUUGCGCAAAAACAAGUACUCUUUAUGGUACUCGACGGCGCUAUGGUAUUGCUAGCGUGUAUUAUACUUAUGGUGUUUCAUCCAGGUCCGGCCUUUUCCGGAGUGUGGGAGAGAGCGUCGUUCCAUUGGGGCUCACGAAAAUCGGACAAUGAGUCGGUGAUUCACCACAGUGAGAUGGAAUCUGUCACCCACACCGGAAAAGACUGA